GUUUUGAGCGGCCGGUUUGAAAUCCUCUCAGUCCUCACCUGCCUGUGUCUGAGGAGGAAGAGCCGUUCCCCGAGACAUAGAGAGCCACAGAAAUGGAUGAAUAUGCAAAGAUAGAGAAAAUCGGCGAGGGCACUUAUGGGGUUGUGUAUAAGGGGCGGCACAAGGCGACUGGUCAGGUUGUUGCCAUGAAGAAAAUUAGAUUGGAAAAUGAAGAGGAGGGUGUCCCCAGUACAGCAAUCCGAGAAAUAUCCCUCCUCAAAGAACUUCAACAUCCGAACAUUGUAUGCCUUCUGGAUGUUCUGAUGCAAGACUCAAGGCUAUAUCUUAUUUUUGAGUUCCUUUCCAUGGAUUUAAAGAAAUAUUUGGAUUCCAUCCCUGCCGGUCAAUAUUUAGAUGCAAUGCUUGUAAAGAGCUACUUGUAUCAGAUUCUGCAAGGCAUUGUAUUUUGUCAUGCCAGAAGAGUUUUACACAGAGAUCUGAAGCCUCAGAACUUGUUAAUAGACAGUAAAGGCGUAAUAAAGCUGGCUGACUUCGGAUUGGCGCGGGCAUUUGGCAUCCCUGUUCGUGUUUACACACAUGAGGUUGUAACCUUAUGGUAUCGGGCACCUGAAGUUUUGUUAGGUUCUGCGAGAUAUUCAACACCAGUUGAUGUGUGGAGUAUAGGCACUAUAUUUGCAGAGAUUGCAACAAAGAAGCCGCUCUUCCAUGGAGAUUCUGAAAUAGACCAGCUCUUUAGAAUAUUCAGAGCUCUGGGGACACCAAAUAAUGAAGUCUGGCCAGAAGUAGAGUCUUUGCAAGACUACAAGAAUACUUUUCCUAAAUGGAAAGGUGGCACCCUUGCUUCUAAUGUGAAGAACAUUGAUAAAGAUGGGCUUGACUUGCUAUCUAAAAUGUUGAUCUAUGAUCCUGCAAAGAGAAUUUCUGCCAGGAAGGCCCUGCUUCAUCCGUAUUUUGAUGAUUUGGAGAAGUCAAAUCUUCCUGCCAAUCAAAUUAGAAGUUAAAUCCUGACUUCCAUGUUGGGCCCCACGUACAGAAUUCUAUGAAUCACCACUUAUUUUUACUAUUUGUGUAUAUCUAUGUGGUUUGUUGUGUUUGUGUAAAUUUUCUGCAAACUUUGCAGUUAAUGUACUUGCAUGUAACCUUGUACUCUUGUAAAUAUUGACUUGUGUGCUAUGAACAGUGACGGAACUUACAGCAGACACUGAAAUAAAGAGCUAUAUUCACUACCCUCGGAUCGAAUAACCAGCUGUCAGCGACUAACCAAGAAAAGUUGUAGACCAUUGAUUGUAAUGUGGUCAGGCAAGUAAAGGAAAUCUGUGUCCUGUAGCAACUGCUCCGGAACAGGUUUGGGUAGGUGUCUGAUAACUGAAGGGCUUACAACUGGGACACUGGACAAUCACAAAAAUGGUGUUCUCAGAAUAGUGUCACGCAUGUGCACAACCAAUCACUCUGUUCUCUUCUAUGGGAUGGCCAGUUCCUACUCUUAAAACUCUGGCAGUUGUCUGGUUUGGAAUUGACUCCUAGCUGUCUGAGAGGCAGGUGCAUAUGUUUCCUAUCACAAUUCAGACUGCUCUCUCCAAUUUUGACUUUGGCCUAGGUGCAUGCUUGACUGGUGGCCCACUGUCUUUGACUGGGCCUGCAUUCUGCUUUUAUUGUCACAGGUAAAUGAAAUUAUCAUUGGGCUGCGGUUUUGAUUUUU